AUGAAGACAUUCCGCCCAGGGCUCCUCGUCGGGCUCGUUGUCUUCGCAGCCCGUCCUUCAUGCUGCGCCGCCGACGAGCCAUUCAACAGAACCUGCGUCGAGAGCUGCCAAAACGCCCUGGAACCCGUUAUUUUUACCGAUUUUGUUUCUCACAGAGCCCCCGAGGAGCAGGCAUGCAAGAGCACCCUGAGCCUCACGUCAACGUGCCUCUGCCUCGACCUCUACUGCGGCGCGCCGACGCGCGACCUCGCCUGGCAGCGCCUGAAUGGCACAUGCGUGGGACUCUUCAACACGUCUCUGCCUGCAAUUUCGCAUCUUGCCAAUUACACAAGGGAGCAGAUAUCCCACCUUCCACGAAUCCAAAGACGUCAUGUCCUCGGCCCGCAACAACCCUGGGACAAGCCUGUCCUCCCCGCGCCGCACUAUUUCAGCGUUUGGCUGCAAACCCUGGAUGGAUGGCGCUACUCGAACCUUCACCACUUCUUGUAUGGAGCGGCCGUCGUCAUCUUUUGGGUCCUCGUGGUGGCCGUCGGCUUCCUUCACCGGGUCUACCUCGUCGUCUGCCGCAUGUACUACUCCUAUCCCGCCUUGCAGCUCAUACCGCUGCCGCUUGGUCGAGCGUCGUGGCUGAAGCGCCGGCUCCUUCUCCCAGCAACGUUCGGCUACCGAUGCGCUCAGCGAGCCUGGGGCUGCAGCGUGCCGCCUCGCCUCCAGUCAAUGACAAUACUAUUAUUUGUCGUCAUCAAUACCGUGUACACCAUCAUUGGGUACCGAUUCACGCGCGAGAAUUAUUACUUUGACAAUGUUCUUGAUCAAGCGCUUCGCUAUGUUUCUGACCGAACGGGGAUUAUAUCCUUUGCCAAUUUUCCCCUGCUAUGGCUCUUUGGCAUGCGCAACAACUUUGCGCUCUGGCUCACAGGAUGGGACUUUGGCACGUACAACAGCUUUCACCGCUGGACAGCUCGAAUAGCGACAGUACAAGCUAUACUGCAUUCCGUCGGCUAUACCAUAAUCCUGCUGCGUCAGGGCGGCUGGCAUGACUUGUAUACAGAAUAUCUCGAGCCAUACUGGCAGGCUGGUGUCUUGGCUACAAUUGUCAUGUCUCUCAUAAUACCACUGUCCAAGCCGUCUCUACGCAGAUAUUCUUACGAGGCAUUUCUCGUCAUACACAUUGGCUUUUCAGCCUUGCUACUAUUAUUCAUGCUGGGCCACGUCUCCAUCUUUGAGGGCCAGUGGAAUGGCUUCGUCCGAGUACCGACCUACAUAUGGAUAUUUGAUCGCGUAAUGAGAACGGUGCGCGCCGCUGCCUUUCAUCCUCUAUCGUGGGGCAGCCAAGCGCACGCGUCCUACUUUCCGACCGCAGACAUUGUGCAGCUUCGCGUACCAGUGGAGUGGUAUUCGCUGCGCAGGCCGAGUCCUGGCACAUUCUUCUACCUCACGGUAUUGUCAGAUGUCAAGUCAAGAGUGCAGAGCCAUCCGUUUACAGUGGCGGCCGUGAUGACGACGAAAGGACCCGUCGACGCGGGCGAGCGCACAGCGUUACUAGGUCCAACGAAUGGGAGCGGACAAGACUUCAGAAUGAAGCCUGGUGGUCCCUCGGCAUCUAUACACUUCUUAAUACGGCCGUAUAACGGAUUUACGGCCCAGCUGCGUGAGCUGGCACAGGAGACAAAGUCCUUUAAAGUACUCGUCGAGGGGCCGUACGGCACGAACCAUCCUCUCCAAACGUAUAAUCAGGUCGUCUUCAUCGUAGGAGGCACAGGGAUCGUGACAGCCAUAUCGUACCUCCCUUGCCUGACGGGAGGCUCAAAACGGAAGCCGAUUGUGGGCCUGCAUUGGGCUGUCCGCGAGCCCGCGUUUGCCAACAUGGUUCUGGAGCAGUACUUUGGCGAUGCCCUUCAGUCGGACAACCUGUCCGUGACGCUGCACGCGUCGAGGUGCCUCGAUUUGCAGCCAUCCUUCUCGACGCGCGUGUCGCAGCUGAUGGGCCGCCCCAGCACUUCCGCCAUUAUCGCGGCCGCCGCAGCGGCCACCAGACGCGGCCGCCUCGCCGUCGUCGCCUGCGGCCCAGAAGCCAUGCUCGACGACGCGCGACUGGGCGUUGUGCGCGCGCUGGAAACAGCCACGGGCGCCAUUGAUUAUUUCCAAGACAGCUUCGCCUGGUAA